AUGAAGUCAAGUUUCGCUGGACCCUCUCAGCGCACUUGCCUAUUUCAGGGCUAUGAGACAGUUCAUGAGGACUCCACUACACUGCAGGACUUAUGUGGCACAAGCCCACAGGCAUUCGCCCUGCUCAUCAGUCUCCUCAGCAACCUCCGUGUAAGGGAAGUGGACGUGACUGUACCCAACAAGCUGCUGCUAUUUCUUAUGAAACUGAAGCUGGGGAUAACAUUUACCAGCCUUGGUGCACUGUUUGGUGUCCGACGCUACACAGCAGCAAGGAUAUUUUUCCUCAUCCUGGCAAACUUGGUAGAAGCUACAAGGAAACUGAUAUUUGCACCUUCAAGAGACACCGUCCGAGCAACGCUUCCCCAGUGCUUCUUGGAACACUAUCAUACGUGUAGGUACAUUAUUGACUGCACAGAAGUCAGGACCGAGACUCCAGCUCCAGUAGAAAAACAGCGAACCCUCUACUCCAACUACAAGGGGUGCAUGACUCUCAAGUUUCUUGUUGCUAUUGUUCCCAAUGGACAAAUCGCAUUUGUUUCGGGGGCAUACGGAGGACGUGAACGUGACACUGCAAUAACCGUGCAGUCUGACUUUCUGGACCUUAUUGAAUCAGGGGACCUCGUUCUAGCUGACAAGGGGUUCCCUGGCAUAAACUCACAUCUAGGUGAUAAAGGUGCAAUUCUUGUAAUGCCACCAUUCUCAUAG